GCGGGAGAGCCCGCUGUCCUCCUCGCGGUGCAUUGUGGGACUUUACGUAAAACCAACAUGGCAGCCGCCAGAGCGCUGGCUAAGGUCGGCUGGUCCCUCCUGGAGUCUCCAGCUGCCCGUCGGUCCGGUGCCGUCUCCUACCAAGUGGGCAAUGGGACCGCGCACGUGUCGAGGAGGGCGUUCGGUUCGAGCGGACCGGGGGUCCGGUCCAAGCUGCUCUCGUCUCUGCGGACCGGUGCAGGACGCAGAGCGUUGGGCUGCGCCUUCCUGCUCGGAGGAGGUCUGGGCUUGUACCAGACGGUGAAGCUCUCUGUCCAGCAGCACCGGGCCCAUGAUCAGACCCGGUAUCAGACCCAGGUUCCAGCUGGAGGUCUGAAGAUGACUCUGUACCAGUACAAGACCUGCCCGUUCUGCAGCAAGGUGCGCGCGUUUCUCGACUACCACGGGCUCCCGUACGAGAUCGUGGAGGUGAACCCGGUGAUGAGGCAGGAGAUCAAGUGGUCGGCCUACAGGAAGGUGCCCAUCCUAAUGGUGGACGAGGACGUGCAACUGAAUGACUCGUCUGUCAUCAUCAGCUCCCUCAAGACUUAUUUAAUUAACAAGCGAUCGUCCAAGGACAGAAGCAUGGCUGAGAUCAUCCGCUGUUACCCAGAGAUAAAGUCUAUAAACGACAGCGGGAAGGAGGUGACGGAGUACAACAACAAGUACUGGCUGAUGCUGAGCGAGGCCGAGACGCUCAUGGUUUACCCUGAGAAAGGAAUGCAGAAAGAGGAGAUGAAGUGGCGCCAGUGGGCCGAUGACUGGCUCGUGCACCUCAUUUCUCCCAAUGUGUACCGGACUACCGGCGAGGCCCUGGCCUCCUUUGAUUACAUCGUGCGUGAGGGAAAGUUUGGCACCUUCGAAGGUUCCUUUGCCAAAUACGUUGGUGCUGCGGCCAUGUUCCUCAUCUCCAAAAGGCUGAAAAGGCGGCACAACCUGCAGGACGACGUUAGGCAGGAUCUGUACAAGGCCGUCAACGACUGGGUGGCAGCCAUCGGCAAAAACAGGAAGUUCAUGGGCGGGGAUCAACCCAACCUGGCAGACCUGGCGGUGUUCGGCGUCCUCAGAGUCAUGGACGGCCUGCAGGCGUUCAACGACAUGAUGGAGAACACCAAAGUCAAAUACUGGUACCGACGCAUGGAGAGAGCGACGCUUAACCACGAGGGCCGAGUGUGAAACCGGAUUGGGCCGAUCUGGCGACGGGUCGAUGAUGCUGCAGGAACGCGAGCGUUUCCUGUCUAUAAAGAGACUGAACAGUAGAGAGCAGUGAGCUGCAUCGUCAGGCAUUGGCUCCAGUUGUAAACAUUUAGCAUUUAGCAGUAUUUUAGGGCAUCUGACUUCUGUGAGUGAGCGAAUGCAGUGAAACAGCAUUUUAAAGCACUUGAAGUCAGUUCAGAGUAAGUCAGGUGUGUUUACCUGCUGCUUUUCUAUAAACAUGAUGCUUAACCACAACAGAAUCAGUGACUAAGCAGCUUUGAGCUUCCUCGCCUGACCUCAAAUCCCCAUGUUAAUUUGUAGUAAGCUAAGUUUGUAGUGGCUGAAACUAGAAGUUUGAAUGUUUAACAGACUCAAAUAGAAGCAUUUACUGAUGAAAUGCUGGAAUGAGAAUGUUCCUAAUACGAUAACGUCCAUGAAGGCAGCAGGGUCCUGAACCCACGGUGGAUCCUGUCCUACAUGCUGGAGGUGCUGCAGCAUCAACAAGCUCUUCCUCCAAACUGGGACAACUCUUCUUUGGAUGCUGACGUCGUCCCGUCAAACACCGUCCAUGAUCUCUAAUUCUAUGAUUAAUAAAGACAUGGGUGAAAACCAAGAGAAGUAAAUGUACCUGAGGAGC